AUCAAAUCUCACAACCCAAUCUUUGUAAAUCUAAUUGCAAAGCUUUAAAAAAAAUAUAAUAUCAAAAUUCUUUUUCAACUGAAAUGCAAGAAUUUUAUUUUAGAACUUUUUAAAGUUAAUAAUAUGCUAAAUUUGCAUAACGCAAGUUUAUUUAAUAAAUAUAUUUUUAGUUGUGAAUAAUUCUAAACUAAAUGUUUUAAACUAGUUUUUAAUUUUUGAACAUUUUUAACUUGUGGUUAAUUGUGUUAUUUAUAAUCUAUAAAAAAAUAUUAUAUAAAUGAUUUUACAUGCAAUAAUUUUAUCUAUUAUAUAAAAUUAUAUUUGACUACACAAUUUUGAACCGUCCUAUCAAAUUUCUGUCUGACGGUAUACGUUGUACCAUGUUGAAAUUUUCUUUAAUUUUUUUCCAUAAUAUAUAAUAUAUGUAAUUACAUUUUUUGGAAUAUGAAACUCAUAUUUUUCGAUGUUGAAUCAUUAUUAAAAUAUUAGUCAAACUGUUGAAUCAAAUCAAGGAUACUUUCAUUUAAUUUUCAACUUUAAAAAGGAAAAAAAAAUUAUGGUUAUUAAAAACGUAUUGAUAACAUUUUCUAAACUUGAUUGACUCCUAAAAAAUAAUAAAUGUCCAACAAUAAUAUCCAGGAGUCAUCAAAACAAUUUAUUAUUGACAGAGGAAAAAAUCAAUUUCUUUUUUGUCAGCCAGCUUACUAAAAAGGAAUAAUAAAAAAAUAAAAAUAAUAUAUAUGUGUGUGUAAUGUACGUAACGUCUUGAAAGUGUGGACCUUUCCUUUCGUCUGAGUUUCCGAGUUUACUCUUGUCUGAAAGUAAACAAAGACCUUCCAGAAGAGCAAAUAAAAAUCCAGACUUUUUUGUUGUGACUUAAUAUACUUUUCUCACCAAACCCAUCUCUCUCCCAUUGACACUUUUGUUGACCUAACUCCUCCUCCUCCGCAUUGCUCGAUUUCGUCAUCCUCCAAACAAAAAGCUCCUCACUUUAUGGCUCUGAGGUGUUUUCCCAUCUGGGUUUGUCCCCAAACGCCUCACCGUUACCCUCUGGUGGGUCGUCGUGUCUCCCUCUGGGAAUGCUCCUCCUCCUCCUCUGGUGCUUCCCAGAGAGCCGUCACUGCCGUUGAAGGAGACGGCCCUGAGCUCAAGAAGAAGGCCUCUGAUGAAAUGGGUCUGGUUCGGGAGGCAAAGCCUGUUGCUUUUCAUAGAGACUUGAGCAUGCUUCCUAAACCGCUAUCUGCAAGCAGUCUCUACUCUUCUGCUGGAGAUGAUUCAAAAGUGCGAAUAUCUUUUCAGGGCAUACCAGGUGCAUAUAGCGAGACAGCAGCACUAGAAGCAUAUCCAAAUUGUGAAACUGUGCCUUGUGAACACUUUGAAACUGCCUUCCAGGCUGUUGAGCUUUGGUUGGUGGAUAAAGCGGUAUUACCGAUCGAGAACUCAGUAGGUGGUAGUAUCCACCGUAAUUAUGAUCUGCUUCUUCGCCAUAGGCUUCACAUUGUCCAAGAAGUCCAUCUUCCUGUGAAUCAUUGUCUCUUAGGAGUGCCUGGUGUUACAAAGGAAGAGAUUAAACGCGUUCUAAGCCAUCCUCAGGCGCUUGAUCAAUGUGUGAAUUCACUUAACGAUUUAGGCAUACAGAGAAUCUCUGCAAAAGACACUGCUACUGCUGCUCAGACUGUUGCUUCAAGCGGCAAGAAGGAUGUUGGAGCAAUUGCGAGUGUACGAGCUGCAAAUCUAUAUGGUCUAGAUAUUCUUGCCGAGAACAUACAGGAUGAUGCUAACAAUGUGACUCGUUUUCUGAUACUUUCGAGAGAGCCUAUGAUUCCAAGAACAGACCGACCAUAUAAGACAAGUAUAGUGUUCUCGCUGGAAGAAGGUCCUGGUGUGCUGUUCAAGGCCUUGGCUGUUUUUGCAUUAAGAAGCAUUAACUUAUCAAAGAUAGAAAGUCGUCCGCAAAGAAGAAGACCGCUACGAGUAGUUGAUGGUUCUAACAAUGGAAGCGCCAAGUCAUUUGAUUACUUGUUCUACAUUGAUUUUGAAGCUUCCAUGGCUGAAAUACGUGCUCAGCACGCCCUUGGCCAUCUACAGGAGUUCACGAGUUUCAUCCGUGUACUCGGGUGUUAUCCCAUGGAUUUAGUCAGAUAGCCGAGACUUGCAUGCGGCCAUACUGUGCAGAAACAUGUGAAUAUAAACAAACAGAAGAACCAGUUUUAUGGCUUUGGUUAUACCGCAAGACUCUUCUUUCACCAUUAUCUUAUCUUCAAACUCUUCAUUGCUGUGACAAACAGUUAUUAAUCUGUAGCUUAUUGUUAAGAACAUGAUUUUGUACAUUUAAUUUUUAAGUUCAGUGAAUACUUUUGACAUUU